UGGAUGCAGACUUUUCAUGGCAAUACCCCUGCAAUGAAACCUGCACAGAGCCAUUAACAGUCUCCACCAACCUUUUCAAGAUAAAAGGGUUGUUUUGCGUCCCAACACUCUGUCACAUCCCAUGCCACCUUCUCCCCCAUCAAUAAAUACAAAGCUCCCUCCCAAACACUCUCCCUCAAACACAAAACCAAAACUGGAAAAGAGGAAAAAUGGAGAUGCUAUUCAUCUCUCUCAUCGUACUCGCCGUCACUUCCGCCGUGAACUCCUGCCCGCCGUCCGACCGGGCAGCCCUGCUCGACUUCAAGGCCUCCCUCAAGGAGCCUUACCUGGGCAUCCUCGACUCGUGGACGGGCACCGACUGCUGCGGAAACUGGUACGGCGUCAGCUGCGACCAAGCCACGGGCCGGGUCGCCGACAUUUCCCUCCGCGGCGAGUCCGAGGACCCGAUCUUCGUCAAGGCCGGACGGACCGGGUUCAUGACCGGCUCGCUCUCCCCCUCCCUCUGCCGGCUCGACCGGCUGACCACGCUCAUCGUCGCCGACUGGAAAGGGAUCUCCGGUUCGAUCCCCGCGUGCGUCGUGUCCCUACCCAACCUGCGCAUCCUCGACGUUAUAGGGAACCAAAUCUCCGGCGGGAUUCCGACCGACAUCGGCCGGCUGAGUCGACUCACCGUCCUCAACGUCGCGGAUAAUCUCAUCUCCGGCGGGAUUCCGGCGUCCAUUUCAAAUCUCCAGAGCCUGAUGCACCUUGACCUCAGCAACAACAAACUAUCCGGUUCAAUCCCGGCCGACCUCGGCAAGCUCACGAUGAUGAGCCGGGCCUUGCUGAGCCGGAACCAACUCACCGGGUCAAUCCCGAGUUCGAUCGCCAACAUCCACCGGCUCGCCGACUUAGAUCUGUCCGCAAACAAGAUCUCUGGUUCAAUCCCGGCCCAGCUCGGGCAAAUGCGGGUCCUCUCGACGCUGAAGCUCGACAGCAACCAGAUUUCCGGUUCAAUCCCGGGCAGCUUGUUGAGCAACACCGGUUUAAGUAUAUUAAAUCUGAGCCAAAACAACUUAGAGGGUUUCAUACCGGACGUUUUCGGGACGAAAUCGUAUUUCACGGCGUUGGAUUUGUCGUUCAACAAUCUGAAGGGUUCGAUACCGAGAUCGAUAAAGGCGGCCAGUUACAUCGGGCACAUGGAUUUGAGUCAUAACCACUUGUGCGGGCCGAUUCCGGCGAGCUCGGCGUUCGAUCACCUGGAAGCGUCCUCGUUUAUGGGGAAUGAUUGCCUCUGUGGGAUGCCGUUGAGAACUUGUUAGGAUUACGGUUUGGGUUGAUGGAAGUAUCGGGUUAUUGUAAGAUUACAGAAUUUAAGUGUGGUUUAACUAUGUGAAAUCCGAUUUGAUUUGAUUAAUGUAAGGUUAUUAGCCUUUCUUAGUUGGGACUUGGGAGAAGGACCAAGUACAAGGAAGUUGCAUGCACGUGAAGAUCUGCGUAUACAAGCAGAGCAUGUGAGAGAAUCAAAUUUAGAUAUUUCUCUCUCUUGUUUAUGUGAUGAUGAUGAUGAUGAUGUUUUCCUACUGUAUGUAUCAUUGGAAUAAUGACAUAAUCAGAUAUUAUUAA